AUGGCCGCGUCCACCCUGUCCGUCUGCUCCAGCGACCUGAGCUAUGGCAGCCGCGUCUGCCUGCCCGGAUCCUCGGACUCCUGUCCCGACUCCUCCUGGCAGGUGGACGACUGCCCAGAGAGCUGCUGCGAGCCCCCGUGCUGCGCCCCGGCCCCCUGCCUGACCCUCCUGUGUGGCCCCUCCUCCCCCUGCCAGGGAGACUGCUGCACCCCUGCGUGCUGCAAGCCCGUGUGCUGCACCCCUGUGUGCUGCAAGCCCGUCUGCUGCACCCCUGUCUGCUGCGAGGACUCCCCCUGCUCAGCCCCCUCCUGCUGCCAGCCCAGCCCCUGCUGCAGACCCUCCUCCUGCGUGUCCCUGCUCUGCCGCCCCGUGUGCAGGCCCGCCUGCUGCACCCCUGUCUGCUGCCAGGACUCCCCCUGCACAACUUCUUCAUACUGCCAGCCGUCCUGCUGCACCUCCUCCCCCUGCCAGGGAGACUGCUGCACCCCUGUGUGCUGCAAGCCUGUGUGCUGCACCCCUGUCUGCUGCAAGCCUGUCUGCUGCACCCCUGUCUGCUGCAAACCCAUCUGCUGCACCCCUGUCUGCUGCGAGGACUCCCCCUGCUCAGCCCCGUCCUGCUGCCAACCCAGCCCCUGCUGCAGACCCUCCUCCUGCGUGUCCCUGCUCUGCCGCCCCGUGUGCAAGCCCGUGUGCUGCACUUCUGUGUGCUGCAAGCCCGUCUGCUGCACCCCUGUCUGCUGUGAGGACUCCCCCUGCACAACCUCUUCAUGCUGCCAGCCUUCCUGCUGCACCUCCUCCCCCUGCCAGGAAGACUGCUGCACCCCUGUGUGCUGCAAGCCCGUCUGCUGCACCCCUGUGUGCUGCAAGCCCAUCUGCUGCACCCCUGUCUGCUGCGAGGACUCCCCCUGCUCAGCCUCCUCCUGCUGCCAGCCCAGCCCCUGCUGCAGACCCUCCUCCUGCGUGUCCCUGCUCUGCCGCCCCGUGUGCCCCCGCCCCGCCUGCUGCGCCCCUGCCUCCUCCUGCUGCCGCCCGGCCUCCAGCGUGUCCCUGCUCUGCCGCCCCGUGUGCCCCCGCCCUGCCUGCUGA